CCCUCCCCUCCUCUCUCUCUCUCACUCACUCACACACACACACACAACCCAGAAAAUGGCGACGAGCAGAGGGAAGAUCACAUUCAGAAUAGUGAUAGGGAUUUUGGCACUGUUAUUACUGUACUACGUUGGCCGCCCUCUCUACUGGAAAAUCUCCGCCACCGUUCAUGACAUCCGCCACAAUAAACAAACCGUCUCCGCAGGAUUUUCACAAAUUGUUCAAGCAGCGCAGAAUUCGGUGGGCUGGUUUCACGACGAGUCCGAUUCAGGAGUUCGCAACGAUCGCAUCGCUGCAGCAAGGAGGAUCCUAGCUUCUUCAUAAGAAGCUUCUGAAACCAGAACAGCAAAGAUUUCGUAGAACUGACAUCUCUUACCUGAAGUGUUUGGAAAUAGUAGUGAGUAUAGAUUUUGAAAGUUGUACGGGUGCAUCAACUUUGGAGGAAUUAUUGGGCCUAUUCUAGUCUUCACCUACAAUUAUACCAGGAAAGCUUGUGACUUGUGAGCCAUAACCUCAGCGUAUUUUUUAAUUUCCUGGAGCAUUUCUGUCUUCGCAUUGAGAAUUAAUUACAUUAACCUUUUUCUUUCCAUCUUACACUUUGUACGUCAGUGUAAUUUACUUUCCCAAAAAACAAAAAAUGUUGAUGCCAUUUUGUUACAGUGGAGAUACCUG